GAUAAAGACGAUAGAUCUAGAUGUGUAAUAGGAAAGAAGAAGCAAACCACAUCAGAGCACCCGCCAACAAACCACCUCCACCUUCUCAAAAUACCUACAGAUUCCUGCUAAGAAGAUCCUCCACCCGGCGUGUGGACCAGGACGGACUACGUAACGUCAAGUACCACCUCACCAAGACCUCCUUCAAACCGCUCUAUACCUGGAUCAACGUGUACGUCAACGCUACGGCCGUCUACCAGGACGCCCCCGAUGUGAUCAAACACUUGACGGAUCGGAUAGUGAAAGAAUACAAGUCGGUAUUUGGCACUCGCUUGCAAGGAGAUUUUAUACAGCCAAUUGUUUGAUAUUUCUAGUCUGGGAAAGUAAAGUUUAGCCUCACCUA